UGGUCCGAAUAAAAAACGCAAGGUUGUAGAUUUUAGUUGUAUCGUGAACUUUAUCGGAAGUGCGCGCGCUUUGUUGUGGUACAUAAUCAGUUGAAGAAUACUUGUUCCAUUGUUUGUCAGUUGUCAGUUGUAAAGUUGUAACGUUGUAAAGUUGUAACGUUGUAAAGUUGUAGCCAUAGAGAUUAUGAGUACACUAAUUUAAAUAGUACUCAUUAACGUCACGUCGCGAGUUUACAUAUUUGUUACUCUAAGUCACACUUAUCUGAAGAACGCAUUUAGACACAUUUACACACAUUAGAAGAAAUCAUAAUAAUGCUUUUGGAUAUUAAAGAUAUAUUUUUGCAUUCAAUGUAUGUAUAUGUCAAUAGAUCAACAUUUUUGGAUUUAGUAUUAUAGAAAUAGAAAACGAUUUCGAAACUCUAAACGAUCUCUAAACGAUAUGUGUUGGAAGAUUUGCACGUAGUGAUGUCAUUUACUCUAUCAUAAUCUUUUGCAAUAACUACUGUCUUCUCAAUUCCCAACAAGAAUUGGCUAAAUUUUCUAAAGUCAUGCUUGGCUGUGGUACCAGAACUGUAAUUGAUGUGUUCGGGAUAACUCUUACUAUAUAAUGUAAUUCCCUCGAGUUUGUUGUUUUGUUUUUGUACAAUAUUUAUGCAUUAAUUUCAAGUUUCCUAACAGUUUAAAAGCGUGACUAAAAAGUGAUUUAUGAUGGCGUGUGGUUUUUAAUAUCGAAAUUUCCACGGAAACGUUUAUUUCGUUUUAUUUUCUGAAAUCAACAAGCUUGAUUUGCGUAGGUGCAUUUGCGGAUAACAAAAUUUAGUCUAGAAGAUUGUUAGACACCCUGCUGAGAUUUUGGAUUUAACCAUUUGGAUUUUUUUUGAAAAAAUUAAAAAAUGGAUUCCUUAACUAUAUCAACCAUAAGUAAUUUGCAAGAACGACUGCUACAGUCGCAGCAACCUAAACAAAAUCAAAAUAAUUCAAAUUAUAAAAAAGAGGUCUGCUCUGAGAAAAGAAUUGAUUCUUCUUUCAGUUCCUUACAUACUUUAAAUGAUAACAAUAAAAUUGUUCAAACAGAAGAUUGUGCAAAUAAAAAGGGUAAAACGGAUGAAACAAUAUGUGCGGAUAUAUGUCGUACUGCUAUACAGAAUAAUUGUAAUAAUACAGUUAGUGUUCCAGAUACAAAUGACUUGGCUACUGCAGCAGUUGUACUCUCUUUGCAAGGUACAAUGGUCAGCAGCUUGCAUCAAGCUGCAUUACUUCCUAUGAACUCACCAGCGGCUGCAGCACUUAAUCUUCAAGCUCUGGAAUCAUAUUUAGCAUUACAACGUAUCACUUGUAAAGCUGAAGUGUUCAGACACAGCCCCUUAUCUACAAGUACCACUCAAAACACAUUUGUAGCUACAAAUACAGAAUUAAAUAGCGAUACAAAUAUCUCAAGUGAAAACCCAGUGAUCGAUUGUGGUGGUAUAGGAGAGAAAAUGCUCAAAUUCAAUGCGCUGAGUACCUCUUUACCGGCAAUAACAGUUAAUACUAAUAACAAUGAGUAUGCAAAUAGUAAUAUAAGUGAUUGUGAUAUUCAACUAUUAGGAGUAGAGGAGCCACUAUCAUUUGAAACUACAGACUUGGAACCCAAUUACAGCAACCUAAUUUUUAGCACUGGAAACUAUCAGGUACCUCAAACUCAAUCAAGUACAAUUACUGAAACUGAACUUAUACCAUCACAACAUGGUAACCAAAAUGCAAGCAAGUAUCUGCAGGAGUGCGGAACAACUUCUAAUUGUAAAACGAGUGUUAUAUCAGAAAAGACUAUUAUUGCAAUUGCUGGAACAACUGCAACAGCCACAACAAGCACUCAACGUUCCAAAAAGCAAUUUAUUUGUAAGUUUUGUAAUCGACAAUUCACAAAAUCCUAUAAUCUUCUCAUACACGAACGAACUCAUACCAACGAACGGCCUUAUUCGUGCGAAAUUUGUGGAAAAGCAUUUCGUCGGCAGGAUCACCUUAGAGAUCACAGAUAUAUACAUUCUAAAGAGAAACCUUUUAAGUGCCUGGAAUGUGGGAAAGGAUUUUGUCAGUCACGUACACUUGCAGUUCAUAAAAUUUUGCAUAUGGAAGAAUCACCACAUAAAUGUCCAGUUUGCAAUCGUUCCUUCAAUCAGCGAUCAAAUCUAAAAACUCAUUUAUUAACUCACACAGACAUUAAGCCCUACAAUUGUGGGUCUUGUGGAAAAGUAUUUCGUCGAAAUUGUGAUCUCCGUCGUCAUAGUUUAACCCAUAAUCUCUCGGCAUCGUGUAAUCCAGCCGAUAAUAUUCAACAAGUAUCAUCAACUGAUAAUAUAAAGAGUAGUGGUCAUGCAACCAGCGUUAAGCCUGCAAAUUUAUCCACUAUUUCAACAACAUAUAAAAGUAUUGAACCUAUUAAUAACUUCGAUAUCAUAAGUGUCAACGAUUAAAAUAAGUUGUUAAUACUCAUAUAUUUAUGUAAACAUUAUUAU